AUGGCUUCAGUUAUACUAGGAAUCCUUCUAGUACUCACUCGACUUCCCCUUUCCACCGAAGCUCAGACCCGCGGCAACUUGACCUUGGGCAACUCGUUGAUGGCGAACGACCGAAACUCUUCCCUGUUGUCGCCGUCGGGCGAGUUCGCCUUCGGGUUCCGGAAAAUGGGACAAGGGGCUCAUUUGCUGGCAAUAUGGUUCGAGAUGAUAAAGGAGAAGACCAUCGUAUGGUCGGCGAAUGGCGAUAAUCUAGCGCCCGAAGGUUCGAAAGUCCAGUUGACCGCCAACCGCGGGCUGGUGCUUACCGACCCGAGAGGGAGAGAGCUGUGGUCUUCUAACCUGACCGCCGCUGGCUUAGCCUAUGCGGCCAUGCUCGACACGGGGAACUUCAUCCUAGCGAGCGCAAGCCACGACAAUUUGUGCGAUUCGUUCAGCCGACCGACGGAUACGUUACUGCCAACGCAACAGUUAAAUUUGGGGGCUGUUUUUAGAGCUCGCUAUUCCGAAAUGAAUUACUCCGCUGGGAGAUUCCUCUUCGGACUGCAACCCGACGGAAAUCUCGUGCUCUAUGCCACUCUGACUCCGCGGGUUGUCAAAGAUGCAUACUGGGCUACAAACACCUUUAUCGGCUUCCGAUUGAUAUUCAAUCAAAGUGGUCGGGUCUACCUUACGGACAGGGAUGGAGUAAUACUCAAUAUCAUCACCUCAGACGAAUUUCCAACCACUGGAUUUUACCGAAGAGCGAUCCUCGAAUAUGAUGGGGUCUUUAGGCAAUAUGCCCACCCUAGGAGGGCAGAUUCGAGUUCUGGCUGGGCAAUGGGCUGGUUGAUGGUCUCUUCCCCGGUCCCUCCAAAUAUGUGCACGAGCAUCCACCGAGAGAAUGGUACUGGAGCUUGUGGCUUCAACAGAUACUGUACUCUUGGAGACGAUCAGAUUCAGAGGCCUCGAUGCCAGUGCGCACCUGGAUAUUCUAUGUUAGAUUCGACUAAUGAGAUGAACGGAUGCAGACAGGACUUCAUAUCACAGAGUUGUGAUGGAAGCAGGCCUAAAAAAGACCAGCUUGCUUUGCGUGACAUGCUCGAUACAGACUGGUCGCAGCCUGAUUACGAGUUUAGCACAGAGAAAACCGAGGACUGGUGCCGAGAGACUUGCUUGGCUGAUUGUCGUUGCGCAGUCGCUGUUUUCAAAGAUGGAAAUUGCCAGAAAAAGAAGGCCCCUCUUUUAAAUGGUAGGAUGGAUCCUAGUGUGGGCGGAAAAGCUCUGAUCAAGGUCCAGAUAAAUAACUCGACUUCAAAAUCUACGGGAAAUGGAAACAAGAAUUCGGCUCUGAUUAUCAUUGGAUCGGUGCUGUUGAGUAGCUCUGUGUUUGUGAACUUGCUUCUACUUCUCCUCACCUAUUAUAGAAGCUUCCGAUCUAGGGAUUCUAAGUUGUCACGACCAGUCCAAAUCAAUCAAGUUACAGGCACGCGGACUUUCACUUAUCAGGAGCUUCAAGAAGCAACAUAUGGAUUCAAAGAAGAACUGGGUAGGGGUGCUUUUGGAACAGUGUACAAAGGUGUUCUUGGAUCUGAGGAUAAUUACUUUGUGGCAGUAAAAGUUUUGGCGACAAGGACUGGAGAAAGCGAGAAGGAGUUUGAAAGAGAAGUGAGUGCAAUUGGCCAAACUAACCACAAGAACUUGGUGCAGUUGCUUGGAUUCUGCAAUGAAGAUCAACAUCGACUACUGGUGUACGAAUUCAUGAGCAAUGGCACUUUGGCGGAUUUCUUAUUUGGCGCUUCAAGGCCCAGCUGGUAUAGUAGAAUAGAAAUUGCUUGUGAUGUUGCGUAG